GGAGGUGCAUUUGGACCCAGAAGAACAAAACAAGCUUGAAAGUUGAAACAAACAAACCACACGUACAAUGCCACGCCCUGCUGGAUCUUCUAUAACCACGUGUAUGACAGUGACUUCUUCAAUCUUCUUGUAGUGGUUUGCAGUUAUGGCAACUUUCUACGAUCCUUCUUCUCAUUGUGCGGACUGUAAUGAAAGCAACGUUCAAUGGCCUUUGACUUGUUGGGUACAUUUCAUCUGCGACAAAUGUACUCUGAAACGCAUUCAGGAAGCACCUUCAAGUCAAUGUAGGCUCUGCCGUGACUUGGCAGAUACUGAUACUCUUGUAACGAAAAGAGAACAGAUCAAGGCCUUUUGGAUAUACGUAGAUGACUCAAACAUAUGGAUUGAAGCUAAAAAGCUUGCCAGCAAGAUGAGACGUUUCAAGACCAAGGAAGAUCACAUAGUUAGAAUAGAUUUUGGUAAACUAACAGAAGUGGUUGCUAAUGGUCGUCCUGUAGCUCAAGGGUUUUUGUAUGGUUCUGAGCCACCUCCAGUCGAUACAGUCUGGAAUAAAAUAAGGGAAGAAGGUUGGAAUGUUACUAAACAUAGAGGAAGCAGAAUCACUGGAAAGGAGAAGAAGAUGACUACACGGCAAUUAGUUGUUGACAUCACUGAAACGGUCUGCACAACCCCACCAAAAGAAAGAAGCACAUUCGUUAUAAUAACAGGAGAUGUAAAUGCUAUACCUGCCAUUAAUGUUGCUCUAGAGUACGAAUGGAACGUUGAAGUUGUUUUGUGGAAGCAUGAAACAUCAGCUAAACACAAAGAAAUGGAAAAGAAAUGGGAAAAGAGACUGAAGCUGCGAUAUUUAGACGAUUUCCUUGAGAAGGUAAUCUUUACCAAUCGAAAGUUUCAAAUUUCUGGCAACGAUCACCUAAUACCUGAUUUGAAACAGUCUGGCAUAGUCUUAAGGGUAGAUGACAAGAAAUUUCCUCGAUGGGUCCCAACUACUAAUUGGUUCAGGAAGGUUGAAGCUAUAGCUCAGUGGCCAUUUCAGUGUUACUGGGUUGAAAAAUCUAGCAGUACAGAAACCAAUGACCUUGUUCUCUUUUUUAAGCGAGAUGGAGAGAAAGUUUUUGACUUAACAGAAUUUAUGUCUAGGCUUGAUGACUGCUUGAAAGAUUUGUUUAUUGUCGACAAACCACAAACAUACUUAAGCUAUGAACAAUUGAUGAAGGAAAGUUACUCACUCAAUGAAGUUGGACGGUUCGAUUAUGGAGAAGCUGUUGACCCUGACCUCGAUCAAGUGUACACAAACAAUGAUGAAGGAGACGGUCCAUUUCAGCUGGUUAAAUACCAUCAUCGCCGUAAAAAGCGUUCCUAUCCCGAUUGCUGUCCAUACAAGUUUAAUUGCAAGUUUGGAAGGUCAUGCCAUUACAAACACUCAGAUAAAGAAAAGGCUUUCUUUCGAGAAAAUGAAGGGAAAGGGAGAGCAUUUCUAAAAGUGAAACCUUGCAAUUAUUUUCCGAACUGUGUUAAGAAAAGAGAGGAGUGCUUCUAUGCCCAUGGACAAGAUGAUGCUUGGUGCCUUAUUUGCUGUGACUAUAAAGGACAUUUCACUGAAAAUUGUCCUGAUUAAAAGAAACAUUAAAUAUAGUACAAACUUUUAGCUAAUCUUAUGAAUGUAG